AUGGCACAAAACUCAUCGCACAAUGCAUAUGUGUUGGGCGUCGGACUAACCCAGUUCCUCAAGCCGCGGCGCACGCGGGAGUACCCCGAGUUGGGGUAUGAGGCCGGCGUCAAGGCCAUGCUGGAUGCGAAGAUCGACUAUGACUCGGUCGAGGCGGGAAUCGCGUGUUAUUGCUAUGGUGAUACGACCAGCGGCCAGCGCAUCUUCUACCAAUUUGGAAUGACCGGAAUCGAGAUAUACAAUGUCAACAAUGCCUGUGCGACCGGGUCAACUGGUCUCCAUCUGGGGCGCAAAAUGAUCAAAGGAGGCCUCGCCGACUGUGUCCUGGUCAUUGGAUUCGAGCAAAUGCGCCCGGGAUCCAUCAAGAGCGUCUGGGACGAUCGUCCUAGCCCUCUCGGCCCUUCCACGAAGAUGAUGGAAGAUGAAUUCGGCAAGCACGACUCGCCCCGAAAUGCUCAGUACUUCGGAAACGCGGGACAGGAAUACAUGCAGAAAUACGGAGCCAAGGCCGAAGACUUUGCAGAGAUUGCACGCAUCUCUCACGAGCAUUCGCAGAAGAACCCCUACGCCCAGUUCCGAACGGCGUACUCGCGCGAGGAAAUCUUGAAUUCCACCCCCGUUUACGGCCCACUGACCAAGCUCCAAUGCUCCCCGACCAGCGACGGUGCCGGUGCGGCUGUGAUUGUCUCCCAACGCUUCUUGGAUGCUCGCCCUCACCUUAAAUCCCAAGCGAUUCUCAUGGCCGGUCAGAAGAUGAUGACUGACGGACCCGAGGUAUACACCCGUAGUGCGAUUGAUCUUGUUGGGUUCAACAUGUCACAAGAUGCCGCGAAGUUGGCUAUGCAAGAGGCUCAAGUUCAAGUCAAGGAUAUUAAGGUGUGUGAGCUGCACGACUGCUUUUCGACCAACGAGCUUUUGUUGCUGGAUGGACUGGGUUUCUCCGAGCCUGGAAAGGCCCAUGAGCUGGUUCGUCGGGGAGAUAUUACAUACGGCGGCCGGGGCCCGAUUAUCAACCCCUCCGGAGGCUUGAUCUCGAAGGGUCAUCCUCUUGGUGCUACCGGGCUAGCACAGUGUGCAGAGCUUACCUGGCAACUGCGUGGCUGGGCGAACAACCGCCUGGUUCAAGGCACAGACGUCGCUUUGCAGCAUAACCUGGGACUGGGUGGAGCCGUCGUCGUCACAGUUUACAAGCGUGCAGAUGGGCAGAAGAAUAGGACUCUUUCCGAUGAGGAGGUAAGACAUGUUUCGGGAGUGGGAUAUAAUCCGGCUGUAGAGGCCCGGUAUGUUACCCCGGAGGACGGAGAACGAGUGCGAAGCAAGACCAAACGACACGACUAUGUCUUGAAUGAUACGGCAAAGAAGCUUGCCGCGAGGAUUUGA